UCAAGUUUUCGAUCGGUCUAUUUUUUGCAAUGUCGAAGAAGAAUUAUGUGUGCGUCGCUUGCAUGGAGCCGUCAUCGUCCCUGUAUCAGCGUUACUCGGAGGGCGUUAUAAGGCUGUCAGAUUGUAAAAAAUGCGGAGAAGUUGUGGAUAAGUAUGUCGAGUACGACAUAAUGCUGGUGGUCAUUGAUCUCAUAAUACAUAAUAUCUCGGCUUAUCGUCAUCUUAUCUACAACAUGCAUAUCCAGCAUCAAUUUCGACUAGCAGUGAUCUUUUUGUUCUGUGAUGCCUAUGACAAAUGGAUCUCAGGAAGAGUAGGCAUCUACAACAUAUACGAUUUGGAAUGGAUAUUCUAUAAAAGCCUUCUACAAAGCGCCAUAGAGAUGAGCACUUAUGUUGCAUUCAUAAUGCUUUUUGAGCUAAUGAAGACUUUCUCCCUCAGCCGUAUGCUACUCGUCUGUCGAGGAACUAUAAUAGGCUAUUACGGCAAUGUGGCUGUUGUGUUCUCAAUAAUCUUUCGAUUGAGUAGCGAAUUUUCGUACCGUUCUGUUACGGAGCUGUUUAUUUUUAUCUCUCAUAUACAAGUACAGAGAACUCUGUUCCCUGAUCUCGCCUUCUUUGUAAAUUUCAUGGUCGUGGCCUUGGGCGUCGCCUUAUCGAAGUACUGUGGGCAGUUGUGCCGGAAUAUCCUAGAAUAUUAGUAUUCGUAGUAC